AUGUCAGAUGCAUUACGCAGCUUGUACAAUAAUUUGCAUAAUUCGUGGAAUAGUUAUACGCUCUUAUUAAACGAGGCGGAACUAAUGUUGAAUGAGAAAAAAGACGAAUUCCAUGAUAUGGUAUUACAAGAGCAAGAAAUCUUCAAACAAAAUAUUGAAGAUUUUAAGAAAAUUUGGGAAGAAUUUAAAGAAACCCAAUCUAAAAAUGUAGAGUUGACCUUGUCUGUUGCUUUAGAGUAUAUGUCUAUAAUGGAAAACAAAUACCAAAAAUUAAAAGAAGACGAAAAACAAUUGAAACAUAAUCUUGAAAUAUUUAAUUUGAAAUAUGUGAAGCCACCACAACUUAAUAUCAAAAAAGAAAUGGUUUUAUUGCUUCAAACUUUUAAAAUUGCUUAUGAUUGGGACACUACGUGGGAUAAAUAUAAAUCUGCAAACUUCUGGGAGAUCAAAGUACCUGAAAUAGAAGUAACUGUACAAAACAUUAACAAAAGGUUAAUUUCUUCAUUGAAAUUGCUAAAAGUUGAAAGUUGGAAAAUGCUCGAAAUCAAACGUGAUAGCUUGGACGCUUUUAGGCGUGUUUUACCACUUAUUAGUGACUUGAAAAAUACAGCCAUGCGCAACCGGCACUGGGAUGAAGUACGAGAAGCGUUGAAUAAAUAUUUUGAUGAAACUGAUCCCGGUUUUACUUUGGAACUAAUUAUGCAAAUGCAAAUGCAGAAAUAUGGAAAUCAAAUAAAUGAAAUUUCAAAUAAAGCAACAAUGGAACUUAAUAUAGAAAACUCAAUAAAAUCAAUAGCAGAUACAUGGGUCAACAUGGAGUUAAACAUAAAAUAUUAUAGUGAUGAAGAUGUUUAUCGUAUUUCAGUAUCCGAUGAUGUAUUACAAAUGUUGGAAGAACAUUUAGUACAACUAUAUUCUAUGAAAGGAUCGAAAUAUAUUUCUAUAUUUUUCAAAGAAGCUGAUCAUUGGUCAAAAGGAAUUUCCCUCGUCACAGAUGUUCUAGAAUUAACACUUUCUGUUCAAAGGCAACUUUUGUAUGCAAUGAACAUAUUUAAAGGAGAUGAAAUACGUUCUCAAAUCCCAAAGGAAGCAGAUGAAUUUGAUUUAUUAGCAAAAGAGUGGAAAAAGAUUACAUCAAAAAUGUAUACGGACAAGUAUCUGUUGAAGGCGACUCGGUCAAAACGUAUACCUCCUCUAUUAAAACAAUUGCAAGCCAUGAGCUCACGAUUAGAAGCAACCCAGAGAGCACUUGAACUAUACAUGGAGACUAAGCGAAACAUCUUUCCUCGGUUUUAUUUUAUAUCCAACGACGACUUAUUAGAUAUACUAGUACAUUCAAAUAAUCCAAAACGUCUACAGCCACAUUUUAAAAAAUGUUUUGACAAUAUUAACAAACUAGAACUCUCAGAUAAUGACACUUCGGCCGUAGGAAUGUAUUCGGCUGAUGGAGAAUACAUACCUUUCACAGGUAUAGUCGAGUGUAUUGGACCUGUAGAAACUUGGAUGAGCAAUAUUGAAACGAUAAUGCGAGAAACACUUAAAUAUAAGUUAGUACAUGUUUUGGAUGCGUUGAAGAAAAAUCUCAAGACUCGUGAUAAAUGGAUAUUAAAAUGGCCGGGACAGUUAUGUAUUACAUCGGCUCAAAUUCAAUGGACAGCUCAGUGUACAUUGGCUUUGUUACAAUCCAAACAUACUGGGAACAGUAAGCCAUUAAAAAAACUCAGAAAACGACAGAAAAAAAUGUUAUUAAAGUUUUCUGAUGCUAUUCGAGGGGACUUGUCCAAAAUAGAUCGAUUAAAAAUCGUCUCAUUGGUCACUAUCGAAAUACACGCUAGAGAUGUAGUCGAUCAUAUGUAUACUUCUAGGUGUAUGAACGUUACCGACUUUGAAUGGAUGUCACAGUUAAGAUUUUAUUGGGAUAAAAACAACAGUGAACUAGUCAUAAGGCAAACAAAUACAAAUCAACCUUAUGGUUAUGAGUAUUUAGGUAAUUCUGGGAGAUUAGUCAUCACGCCUUUGACUGAUCGAUGUUAUAUCACAAUGACUACGGCCCUUAAUUUGUUUCGUGGUGGUAGUCCAAAAGGACCUGCGGGUACAGGAAAAACUGAAACUGUAAAAGAUUUAGGGAAGAAUUUAGCUUAUUAUGUCAUUGUAAUAAACUGCUCUGAUGGAUUGGAUUAUAAGAGCAUGGGACGCAUGUUUUCUGGACUUGCACAACAAGGUGCUUGGGGUUGUUUUGACGAAUUCAAUCGUAUAAACAUUGAAGUAUUGUCAGUCGUAGCUCAACAAAUACUGUCUAUAUAUUCUGCCCUCGCCGCUCAAAGAGAUAAAUUUAUAUUUGAAGGCUCAAUGAUAAACCUCAUACCUACAUGUGGUAUUUUUAUAACAAUGAAUCCUGGAUACGCUGGUAGGACAGAACUACCAGACAAUUUAAAGUCCAUGUUCCGUGCCAUAUCCAUGAUGGUUCCUGAUAGCAAACUCAUUGCCGAGAUUAUGUUGUUUGGAGAAGGUUUUAGAGAAACCAGAAUUUUAGCAAACAAAGUAUUCGUUUUAUUCGUGUUGUGUAAACAAAAACUCAGCAAACAAGAUCAUUAUGAAUUUGGACUUCGAGGUUUGGUUUCAUUAAUAAGGUAUGCUGGGCAAUGUAGACGACAAAAUUCACAUAUGUUGGAUGACGAGGUACUAUUACUGGCAAUGCAUAACAUGAAUUUAGCAAAACUUACAGUCGAUGAUCUUCCAAUAUUUUUGGGCAUCGCGAAAGAUUUAUUUCCCAGUAUAACUCUACCAGAAGUUAAAAAUGACAUACUCAUUCGUGCAAUAAAGCAAUGUAUGGCGAAUAAAAACCAUCAACCAUCAGAAUCUGCUAUUGCAAAAAUUAUUCAGUUGUACGAAACCAAAAUUUCUAGGCAUUCUGUUAUGCUAUUGGGGCACACUGGAGCCGCAAAAACUGCUACAUGGAAAACUCUAAAAGAAGCAAUGGCAUUAUUAAAUAAUGAAAAGGUUGAACUAUUUGAAACAGCCACUGAAUAUCCUUUAAAUCCAAAAUCGCUUACUCUUGGUGAGCUAUAUGGAGAAUAUAAUGCUUCUACUCAAGAAUGGAAGGAUGGUGUAUUGUCAUCUCUGAUGCGUACAGUUUGUUCAGACCUUCAAUUGAAUCAAAAAUGGAUACUUUUCGACGGCCCAGUUGAUGCACUUUGGAUAGAAAAUAUGAAUUCAGUAAUGGACGACAACAAAGUAUUAACGCUAAUUAAUAGCGAGCGGAUUACAAUGCCUGAACAGGUAUCCCUUCUUUUUGAAGUAGAAGACUUAGCUGCUGCAUCUCCAGCGACUGUUUCUAGAUGUGGUAUCGUGUACAAUGAUUAUAAAGAUUUUGGUUGGAAAUUGUAUUACAAAUCAUGGUUGACUAACUGUGAAUUUGAACCAUACAAAAUUAAUAUAGAAAAAAAUUUUGACAAAUAUGUUACUGCCGUGCUAGAAUUUAAAAAGUUAAACUGCGUUGAAACUAUUCCUUUACCCGAAUUGAGUUCUAUUAUUACGUUAUGCACAUUGCUAGAAUGUUUUACAUUUAAUGAUUUAGCUAUUAAAAUGCCCACUGGAUUAAAAUCCGAUGACUACGAUCAUCUUAUUAAAUUAUGGUUUCUCUUUUGUGUGGUUUGGUCCAUUUGUGCAGUAGUUAAUGAAGAUGGACGUAAAAAAAUUGACAAUUUUUUUAGAGAAAAGGAAGUAGUAUUUCCAAUAAGUGAUACAGUUUAUCACUAUUAUGUUGAUACGAAAACUGCUCAAUUUUAUCACUGGGAUAACUUUUUGCGUGAUAGUUCUUGGAUAUACAAAACAGAGUUACCUUUUUUCAAAAUUAUCGUACCUACAAUUGACACCGUUCGUUACAACUAUCUUGUAGAAGCGUUCUUAAGUAAAAAAAGGCCCGUAUUAUUAGUUGGUCCAGUUGGCACUGGAAAAACGUUGACUGUUCAAAAAGCAUUGGAAGGUUUAGAUAAAAAUAAAUUUUUGAAUAUAACAAUUAAUAUGUCAGCACAAACUACAGUGCAUAAUGUUCAAGAAACCAUUGAAGGAAGGUUGGAAAAACGUACAAAGGAUACCUACGUUCCACUAUCAAAUAAAACGUUGGUGACAUUUUUGGAUGACAUGAAUAUGCCUGAAAAAGAAAUUUACGGUGCUCAGGCACCACUAGAACUGAUUCGACAGUGGAUAGACUAUGAGUUUUGGUUUGACCGACAGACUAGAUUACUGAAGUACGUGAAGAAUAUGCUGUUGAUCGGUGCUAUGGGACCACCUGGAAGUGGAAGGAGCACCAUAAGUAACAGAUUGUUGAGUUGCUUUAGCAUGAUAAACUUGACGUUUCCCGAAGAAGCGCAAAUAUCAAACAUUUAUGUAUCAAUGUUAAACCAACAUCUAAAAAUCAUUUGUGGACAUAUACGGAACUUAAGAAACGGGUUAACCAAUAUGACAAUUAAUCUUUACAAAAGUGUAGUAGCUAACUUGCUUCCAACACCAGCCAAAAUGCACUAUUUAUUCAAUUUGAGAGAUAUUUCUAAAGUGCGUAUUCAAGGCCUGUUGCGCAGUAAUACUGACUACCAGACAACUGACAAUUCAAUGUUGCGGCUUUGGUGUAAUGAAGUGUUCCGAGUAUUUAAUGACAAAUUAAUUGACGAAAAGGAUCGAGAAUGGUUCAUGGAUCAAAUCAAUAUUCAACUCGGGAAACAUUAUGGGAUAUGGGGGAAACUCUUAAAACCCCGGAAAGUCUAUGCUCAUCAGAACAAGAAUAAAGAGUACAAUUUAAGCUUUGGAGUUAUAACCAUGAAUCUUGUAUUAUUUAGGGACGCCAUCGACCAUAUAUGUCGCAUAGUCAGAGUUAUAUCCCAACCAAGAGGCUAUAUAAUGCUGGUCGGCAUUGGUGGAUCCGGACGGACCUCACUUUCAAAAGUUGCGAACUGGCUAUGCGAAUACAAAAUGUUUACAAUUGAAUUAAAUAAAUCGUAUGGGAUAGGAGAUUUCAAAGAAGACUUGAAACGCCUGUACUAUCAGACAGGAGUGAGGGAUCAACCAACUUCAUUUUUGUUCAAUGACACACAAAUUGUAAAUGAAAUGUUCUUGGAGACCAUAAAUAACAUACUAAGCACUGGUGAAGUACCACAACUGUACAAGGAAGAUGAGUUUGAUGAGAUUAAAGAACAAUUAUCGCCUGCUGCUAAAAAAGAAGGUAUUCCAGAAACAACAGAUGACAUUUAUUCGUUUUUCUUAGAUCGCGUCAGAAGUAAUCUACACAUUAUUCUAUGUCUAAGUCCGAUUGGAAUCAAAUUUCGAACCAGGUUGCGUCAAUAUCCUUCAUUGAUAAAUUGUACGACAAUUGAUUGGUUUUUGGAUUGGCCUAAGGAAGCUUUACUAGAGGUGGCAUUUAGCUCUCUUGCUACAAUAGAAGUAUUGGAAACUAUAACUGGAGUACCAAGAGUAUUUGAUGUAGACACAGUUUCUUUAUCAGAGAGUGAGUUAAAAUUAUGUAUAGCAAAUUUAUUUGCCGUUAUUCACCACUCAGUAGGAGAAUAUUCUAGGCUGAUGAUUUUAGAAUUAAAGCGAUACAAUUACGUUACACCUACUAAUUAUUUGGAAUUAGUAACUGGAUAUAAAGAAACAUUACGUAAGAAACGAUUUGAGCUUUCAAGUAAUUCGAAUAAAUUAAGAAAUGGCUUGUUCAAAAUAGACGACACCAGUGAAAAAGUUGCUGGAAUGACAGUAGAUUUAGAAAAAGCUACUAAAAUUGUUCAGGCAUAUGCCGUGGAAUGUGAUCAAUUUCUAGAAGUUAUUUCAAAGCAAACAAUAAUAGCUGACCAACAAAAAAUUGAAGUUGACGCUAAAAGCAUUAAAAUCAAAGAAGAAGAAAUUGUGUGUAAAGAGUUGUAUAAUCUGGCUAUGAUUGAUUUAGAAAAAGCAUUACCUGCACUAUCGGAAGCUAUGGAGGCUUUAAAUGCACUUAAUAAAAAAGAUCUUGCUGAAGUAAAGUCUUUUUCAAAACCUCCACAUAGAGUUAAAUUAGUUUUCGAAGCUGUGAUGAUAUUAAAAGAAUCUGAACCUAGUUGGAAUGAAGCAAAAAGACAAUUAGGAGAUCCAAAUUUCCUAACGCAGCUAAAAGAUUUUGACAAAGAUCAUGUGUCACAAAAAGUUUUAAAAAAAAUAAAUGCGUAUACAUCAAAUCCAGAGUUUGAACCUGAUAAAGUAGGAGCUCAAUCAGUAGCUGCUAAAUCACUUGCUCAGUGGGUCAUCGCAAUAGAAAAAUAUGCUAUCAUUUACAAAAUUGUAGCACCCAAAAAAGAAUCUGCAGAAGCUGCACUGGCUGAUCUUCAGGAAAAGCAAGCUGAAUUACUUACUGCACAACAAAAAUUAUCCCAGAUUCAAAAACUGUUAUUGAAAUUAAAAAAUGAUUUUGAUAUAAAAAUGGAAGAAAAGGAACAACUGGUCAAAAAGGCAGAUAUUUUAAAAAGAAAUCUUGAUCGAGCAGCAUCAUUAAUUGAAGGAUUAUCUAACGAAAAAAUACGAUGGACUGAAACUGUAAAACAAUUAGAUAUAUAUUUUGACUAUUUACCAGGCGAUUGUCUACUGAGUAUAGCGUUUGUUUCAUAUAUGGGUCCAUUUCUAUUUAAGUAUAGAGAUAUACUUUUUAAAUUAUGGACAACUUCAGUAAAAGAUAUGAAAAUUCCAACUAAUCCAGCAUAUGACAAUAAAGAUUUUUUAUCUGAUCCGGCUACUAUAAGAAACUGGAAUAUUCAUGGUUUACCCAACGAUGACUCAAGUACAGAAAAUGGUAUCAUUAUCAGCCGUGGCUCACGAUGGCCAUUGAUUAUAGAUCCACAAUGUCAAGCUUUGAAAUGGAUAAAAAACAUGGAAGCCGAAAACGAAUUAAAAAUCAUUGAUUUUUGUUUACCGAAUUUCAUGAUUAUUUUGGAAAUGGCAUUACAAAACGGAAAUCCAACACUAUUGCAAAUAACUUCUGAACAUCUCGAUCCUUCAGUGAUGCCAGUUUUAUCAAAAUCAAUAAUUGAAAAAGGAAAUCAACUUUUUAUUAAAAUGGGUGAUAAGGAAUUACCAUAUAAUGACAAUUUUAGAUUUUUCAUAACCACUAAAAUAAGAAACCCGCAUUAUCCUCCUGAAAUUUUUACACGAACAACAGUAGUUAAUUUUGCAAUUAAAGAAGAAGGACUUGAAGACCAACUUUUAGACGUUGUGAUCACAAUGGAAAAACCAGAGUUGAAAAUACUUAAAGAUAAUUUGAUAAUUAACAUCGAUAAAGGUAAAAAAACACUGGUUGCACUGGAAGAUGAACUACUUAGACUCCUCAAUGAGAUUGAGGGAUCACUGUUAGAAAAUGAUGAACUUUUCCAAACAUUAGCUUCUUCAAAAGUUACAUCAGUAACAGUAAAUGAGCAACUAGAAAUUUCUUUUUCAACUCAAAUCGAUAUUGAUGUUGCUCGAGAGGGUUAUAGAACUUGUGCUAAACGAGCAUCAAUUUUAUUUUUUGUUCUUAAUGAACUCAAUCAAAUCGAUCCUAUGUAUCAAUUUUCAUUGGAUGCUUAUAUGAAUCUAUUCGAGAAUUCAAUAAAAAAGAGUGAAAAAAAUGAAAGACUCUUCGAAAGAUUAAAUCAUUUAAAUGCUUACCACACAUAUGCAGUUUAUAAAAAUACUUGCCGAGGAUUGUUCGAAGUUCACAAAUUAUUAUUUUCAUUUCAAAUAAUUAUAAGUUUGUUAAUGGCUGAUGACUUAAUACCAGCGUAUGAAAUGGAGUUUCUUUUAAAGGGUGGUAUCGUAGUUAAUAAAGUAGAACAGGCAGAAAACCCUUGUUCAUCUUGGUUGUCAGAAUCAAAUUGGGAUAAUAUAUCCGAAUUAAACAAAUUGCCAGGGUUUCUUGGAGUAGAAAAAUCAUUUGAACAAUUCUCUCGAGAAUGGAAACAAUGGUAUAUAUCUUCAAAUCCGGAAUCAACAAAUCUUAUUGGUAAAUGGAAUGAGAACACCAAUUCGUUUCAAAAAAUGUUAUUUGUAAGAUCUUUGCGAUUAGACAGAUUAUCAUUUGCAAUUACAAAUUUUAUUUCCAAUGAACUGGGUUCUAAGUAUAUAGAACCACCAGUUAUGGAUGUUAAAAGUGCUCUAGAAGAUUCUAGUUGCAAAACCCCAUUAAUAUUUUUGUUAUCUCCUGGAGUGGAUCCAACUAACACAUUAGUUGGUUUGGCUACAAGUACCAACAUGCAUUAUGAAUCUCUAUCUCUGGGUCAAGGUCAAUCAUUAGUUGCAACACAACUAAUUGAACAAGGUCAACAAACAGGAAAGUGGAUAUUCCUCGCCAAUUGUCAUCUUUCUUUAUCAUGGAUGCCACAGCUAGAUAAAAUAGUUGAUGUUAUGCAAGAUGGUAAAUCUCACCCUGAUUUCAGGCUGUGGUUAAGUUCAAAUCCUAAUCCUGAUUUUCCUAUCGCUUUAUUACAAAGUGCUAUAAAAAUGACAACCGAACCACCAAAAGGAUUAAGAGCAAAUAUGAAACGUUUGUACCAAAAUUUAACAGAUGAACAAUUUGAUAAAUGCCGUUCACAAGAAAAAUACAAAAAAUUAAUAUUUUCUCUUUGCUUUUUUCAUUCAAUAUUAAUUGAAAGAAAAAAAUUUCAAAAUCUUGGCUGGAACGUAAUUUACAGUUUUAAUGAUUCCGAUUUUGAGGUAUCAGAAAAUUUGCUAUCCAUAUAUUUGGAUGAAUAUGAAGAAACUCCUUGGAAAGCUUUAAAAUAUUUGAUUGCUGGAAUUUGUUACGGUGGUCAUGUUACUGAUAACAUGGACAGAAGACUCUUAGAUACCUAUAUUGGUCAAUAUUUUAAUGAGGAUGCAAUUACAACGCCACAUUUCAAGUUAUCUCCGUUGUCAACUUAUUUUAUACCAAGAGAUGGAGAUCUUCAUAUGUACAGAAAUUACAUUGAUACAUUACCAAUCGUGGAUAGCCCCGAAAUAUUUGGACAACAUUCUAAUGCUGAGAUGGCUUCAUUGAUGGGAGAAAAUCGUAUAAUUUGCGAUGCUCUAAUGAUUUUACAAGGACAAUCAUCAACAGUGGCUGAAGAAAAUUCUGAAGGCAAAGUUUUAGAUUUAUCUAGUAAAAUUCUGAAAAAACUACCUGAAUUAAUAGAUUAUGAGACUACUGCAAAAAAUAUUAAAAGGAACCCCUUGGAUAUUGUACUGUUACAAGAGGUACAACAUUAUAAUAGUUUAUUGAGCGAAAUUAAAACGUCAUUAGUUAGCCUAAAAAAAGGCAUCAAGGGGCUGGCAGUAAUGUCAUCUGAUCUUGAAAAUAUAUUUCAGUUUAUAAAUGAAGGUAGAGUUCCUGGUCAAUGGCUCAAAGCAUAUCCUUCGUUAAUGUCCCUGGGACCAUGGACUCAAGAUUUAAUAGAAAGAAUCAAUCAUUUUAAAACUUGGGCAAACAAAACUCACCCACCGGUUUUAUUUUGGUUGGGAGCCUAUACUUACCCAAUUACUUUUUUGACAGCUGUACUACAGAUUUAUUCAAGAAGUUCGAAUAUAGCAAUAGAUUUACUAUAUUGGGAAUUUAUUCCUAUACUACCAGAAAGAGAAUCAUUACCUCCAAAAGAUGGAGUUUACGUACGAGAUCUUUAUUUAGAAGGGGCUGAUUGGAAUUUAAAAAAAUCAUGCUUGUGUGAAUCAGUACCAUUAAAAUUUAUUUCCAACUUACCAGUUAUACAUUUUAAGCCCAUAGACAGUGCAAAAGUAGCAAGAAAUUUCUACCAAUGCCCUAUAUAUUAUUACCCUUCGCGAUGUGGAGAAGGAAGAGAAUCGUUUAUAAUAAUGAUGUACCUUGAUAGUGGAUUAGAACCUCCAGAGUAUUGGAUAAAACGAGCAACAGCAGUAUUACUUAGUUUAUCAGCCUAA